AUGUCCCGUAACACAUUUGACAGUCUUGUUAACGAGAUAUGUGGUCAUGAGGUGUUUCAGCAACGAAAUAUCAAACAUCAAAAACCAAUUGGCUUACAACUGGCUGUGACGCUAAAGAGGCUGGGAUCUAACACCAACAUACGUGAUAUUGCUUCCAUGUUUGGAAUUGCUGAUGGAACAGUAAUGAAGUAUCAAGAACGCGUGAUCACUGCUUUGAAAUCAUUGAAGGGUAAGUAUGUUGUGUGGCCGAGAGGUGAGUAUUGCAGAAUGGUGCAUGAUCAGUUUCAAGAGGUAAGUGGAUUUCCGAAUGUUAUUGGCACAAUUGAUGGGUCGCAUAUACCACUGUGGGAAGCGCCGAGCAACAAGAAUAAGGAUGUAUAUUAUUCACGUAAACAGAGGUAUGGAAUUCAUUUGCAGGGAGUAGUUGAUCAUGAUGGUUUGUUCACUACAUAUAAUGUUGGUUGGCCGGCAUCAGUUCAUGAUGCCAAAGUAUUUAAGAAUUCAUCAGUUGUCAAGAUGAGAAGUCAAUUUUUUAUUGAACAAGAUUAUUUAUUGGUGGAUGGGGCUUAUCCACUUUCUGAAUUUACAAUUACCCCUUUUUGA